AUUUUUUAUAAAUAGAUUUAAUAAUAGAUAUAUUAAUAUUUGGAAUGUAGAAGAUAAAUUAGGAUUUAUACUCCCAAUUAAUCUUGGGACUUCCCCGUUGAUGUCGUCCAGAAUUUGGAAACAAAGGACAAGAUCGCGUACUGUUUAUUGUUGACUUGUGAAUUUGGUUUAACUAGGGAUUAUCUGUUAUAUUUAUGAUAAUAUCAUAUGGACAAUAAAAUGGGCAAUCUCCUUGAAAAAUUAAGUGACCAAAAUCAAUCAAGCAAGUAUGAUGAUACAGAAGACUCGUCUACAGAAGAUUCUUCUGCAGAAGAAGUAGAAUCUGUUGAGGAAGAAAGCAUCAACAAUGAAACUACGGAUGCAUCUAUACAUCCCACUGUAGCUCUCCCAAGCCCACAAGAUGUUCUAGAUCUUGAUAAAGUAAAAUAUAUUGAAUGCCAGUUGGAUUCAAAUGAAAUAAUUUCCCUGAUAUAUUUAUUGAUGGAAGACAGAACAGAAAUAGAUUUUCAUCUUCAGACUGUAAUUUUGUUUAUGCAAGGUGGCAGCAGAAAUGUUUUGUUUCCAUGGGCUGAAUAUCAUUCACAGAAGGGACAUAAUAUGUGGCAGAAUAAAUUGAUUGAGGCCCUGUGCAUCAUCAAACAUUACAAAAUUUUAAAUGAAUUAGGAUGCAACAAACAACUUGUGAAAGAUCAUUAUUUACCAAAUAACAUCCAAUCUUUACACAUAAAUAAACUGAAGAAAGCAGUAUAUCUAAUUUGUGAUAAUUUUGGUCCGGAAGAAACAACAACAUUUCUGAAGUAUAUGAGACAAAAUUUUAUGCGUAGACAUGUCCCAUUUGAUGAAUUUGGCAUAGACCACAAUCUUGAAGUUUAUUUCUUAAAGUGGGAGAGCAUCAGACAGCUUAAUUUUGAAGAAAUCAAAUCGACUUUAAAACAGAUGGAACAAUAUCGGCUGUAUGAUAUCCUCUGUAGUGCUCUAACUGAGACAACCCCUGGUCUACCAGUACAGAGCGUUCAGCUAGAAAGGAAUAUUUCCCCCGCAAUAACUGCUAGUAGUUACGAAAGUAGUCUAAACUCUGAAUAUCCAAGAAACCGAUUAUUUGUGGGGGAUGAUUUCCAGGGCGAACCAGUUACACGCGCCCGGAAGCCAUCAUCUGUCACCAGUAUAGACAAUCAACAGGCUCAAUCAUCUAGACACCGCAUCGGAAAUCUUCCCUUAAAAAACAUUGCUUUGGAAGAUAUUCUACGUCUCCCUAGAGAAAAUUACUUCAGAGAUUUUCAGCAAACUUUCAUUCCAGAUAUUAAAGAAGAUGAAACAAGCGAAAAAAUAACUCUCGAUACAUAUACAAUUGAUCCAUCCCGACCAGGUGUAGUAUUGAUCAUCAAUCAAAGAGACUUUUAUACUGCCGUAGAAGAAGAAUACCGACAUUUGCUACCCCCUAAUGGCGAAAAAUUUGAUGUUAGAGAAGGUACUGACUUAGAUCGGGAAAAAUUGAUAGGCACAUUUAAACGACGUGGGUUUGAAAUCCUUGUUGCAGACAAUCUUAAUCAUAUUGACAUGUUAAAAAAAAUUAAAAAUACAGUGAAUGAAACUACCGACCAAUCCAGCUUAUUUGUCUGUAUUCUGUCACACGGAAAUAAAGGUGUUGUUUAUGGCUGUAACAGUUGCCAAGUUAAAGUGAGCAAGAUACAAGAAAUAAUGUCAAACAAGAAUUUUGACCAAAAACCGAAAGUUCUGAUCCUGCAAUCAUGCCAAGGCAGGCAAUGUCUUAAACUUGACUCGAAAAGUGAUGAUGAUGAUGAUGUCUCCUUAACAACCGAUGGUGGGGGGUCAACAUAUCGUGACAUGUUAACAUUUUGGGCAACGUAUCCCGGAUAUGCAGCCAUAAGGAACAAGUUGACGGAACUUGGUUUAUCCAAAAUUUGUGCCAGACAAUACAAGAGGAUGGCGAUGAAUUGCACUUUCUUGAUAUAUGCAUAAAAGCGAACCGGAAAAUUCACGAAAUGACCUGGAAGAAAGAAGAAAAAAUAAUGGGCAUGACACCACUGAUAAAUUGCACAUUGAAUCGUCAAUUUUAUUUACCACUGACAAAAAAAGAUAAUAGGAGUUAAUCUCUUAUACAUUAAAUUAUAUAUACAUCUCGAUAUAUAUAUAUAUAUAUAUAUAUAUAUAUAUAU